ACCACAAAGAGAGGAAGGUUAGAGAGAGCGCGGCGUAACGAUGGAACGUCACAACCUAACAAUGGCUCUACCCCACAUCGCCAAUGUCCAUUGCAGACGAAUCCGCUAGGUGGCGCCAUCUCUCGCGAGGCGACGCUGCAGGCGGUGAAGGAAAGAAAGCGACGAGUGCGGCGCGUCUGUGAUAAAUACGGUAACGGCGUCGUCGACGCCGGCGGCGCUCUACGCGACGCCGACGUGUUGCUACGCUACGUCAACAACGUCUACGUCAACGACGAACUUCGUCUGCUCUACUGCAGCAUCCCGAAGAUCGGCUCGACCAAUUGGAAAAGAGUUCUACUGGCGCUGCGAUCGAACGCGGCCGUCGAUCCGGCGUCUAUCGAUAAGGAGCUCGCGCACAAGAGAUCGAACGUGACCACUCUGUCGAAGCUCGGCUCCGCAGCGCGGCGCCGCCGGCUCAAGCACUACUACAAGUUCAUGUUCAUUCGCGACCCGUACGAGCGCCUCCUAUCGGCCUACAUGGACAAAUUCGGGCAACCGAAUCCGUACUUCCAGAAAACCUACGGGAAGACGAUCAUCCGGCGGUACCGACAUAACGCCACCAGGGCGGCGCUCGUGUCGGGCCGGAACGUGACCUUCGUCGAAUUCCUGACAUAUCUGUCGCGGCCGACGUCCUUCCACGACGACCCGGAGAUCCGCGCCAUCUACCGUCACUCCGGCCACAACCGACACUGGGCGCGCUACAUGGACCUCUGCAACCCGUGCUCCGUCGACUACGACUUCAUCGGCGACUACGCGAACAUCGAGGCGGAGGCGCAGAUCGUUCUGGAGGAAUCCGGACUGGCGGGAGUCGUCGAAUAUCCGACGCGCUCCGGAACGAACUACUCGCGGCCGCGUACGUCGCAGCUGGUUGCCAACAUGUACGCGAGCGUGCCGGAUGCUCUGCUGCGUGUGAUCGAACAGAUCUAUGCUAUCGAUUUCGAGCUGUUCGGCUUCGAUUUCAUGAGGUCGAGAAAAAAGCAGUAAUAAUAGUAGUAGUAGUGGUAGUAGCAGUAGCAGCAGCAGCAGUAGUAGUAGCAGCAGCAGUAGUAGUA